AUGUCCUCGCAACAGUAUAGAUCUACCAGAUCGUCCAGUACCUCACAACUCAGCUUCGAAGAAGCGGUGAUGACAGGUUUGGCCCCAGAUGGCGGGCUUUUCCUUCCAUCGGUGAUCCCCCAAUUACCAGAAACCUUCUUGACCGAGUGGAAGGACUUGAGUUUCCAAGAAUUAGCGUUCAAGAUUCUCAGAUUAUACAUCAACCCUCAGGAAAUCGACGAUGCGGGAUUGCAAACCUUGAUCAGCAAGUCAUACUCGACCUUCAGAUCCCCAAAAGUCACUCCGUUGCACAAGAUUUACAACGAUAUCAAUAUCUUGGAACUUUUCCACGGGCCAACUUAUGCGUUCAAGGACGUGGCGUUGCAAUUUGUCGGGAAUUUAUUCGAAUACUUCUUGACCAGAAAAAACGCCCAUCUUGCUGCCGACAGUAAGGACCGUCACCACAUCACUGUGGUGGGGGCCACUUCUGGGGAUACCGGAAGUGCGGCAAUCUACGGGUUGAGAAACAAGAAGGAUGUCUCGGUGUUCAUCUUGUAUCCAACUGGUAAGAUCUCCGCCAUUCAAGAAGAACAAAUGACCACCGUGGAAGACGCCAACGUCCAUACCUUAUCGGUCACCGGGAACUUUGACGACUGUCAGGGCAUUGUCAAGGAAAUCUUUGGGGACGUCGAAUUCAACAGCAAGUACCACGUUGGCGCCAUCAACUCCAUCAAUUGGGCAAGAAUCUUGGCGCAAAUCACUUAUUACUUCUACUCGUACUUUGAAUUACUCAGAUCAUCUAACAAAUCUCCGGAGGAACUCAAGGUGAAAUACGUGGUGCCAAGUGGUAACUUUGGGGAUAUCUUGGCUGGUUAUUUUGCUAAAAAAAUGGGAUUGCCAAUUGCCAAAUUGGUGAUUGCCACCAAUGAAAACGACAUCUUGGACAGAUUCAUGAAAUCCGGGAAGUACGAAAAAGAAUCAUCCGAAGUCAAGGCCACUUAUUCUCCAGCCAUGGAUAUUUUGAUUUCUUCCAACUUUGAAAGAUUGUUGUGGUACUUGGUAAGAAAUAACUUGGGCAAUGACCAAGCUGCUGCCGAUUUACAAGCCGGAGAAACCUUGAACAAUUGGAUGAAGGAUUUGAAAGCUGGCAAACCAAUCGAAGUCGAUGCCAAAACUUUGGAAGCAGCCCGUGCUGAUUUCGAUUCUGAAAGGGUCAGCAAUAGUGAAACCAUCGAAACCAUCAAGUUGGUGUACCGCGAAUCUCUGCAAUCUUACGUUAUUGACCCACAUACCGCCGUUGGGGUCAAGGCCACCCACCUUCAGAAAGCUAAGGACACCGAAAGUUUCGAUUACGUUUCGUUGUCUACUGCCCAUCCAGCUAAAUUUUCCGACGCCGUUAGUAAAGCAUUGAGCACCUUUUCAGGUUAUAAUUUCGAAGCCGAUGUGUUGCCAGCCGAAUUGAAGGCGUUGUCCACUAAAGAAAAGAGAAUCAAGUUGGUGCCAAACCCUUCAGUCAAGGUGGUUGAAGAUAUCAUCGUUGAAGAAUUGGCCAAGGAAAAUGCUUGA